AUAUUUUUAGAAUCCAUCUCCUGGUAGUAAACAAACAUAAGCAUUGCACCGUCUCGUCGGCGCCGUUUCCUGGCUUGUUCAUUCAUUCUAAUUUUCAGGCGGAAAUAUCGUUGAAAAUUCAAUUGUUAGGUUUGAAGUUAUUCGGCGCCUGUGAAUUAAAUUACUAUCGAAACAUGGAUUUCAGUGCCCUGCUGCAGCAAGCUCAAAAGCUUACUCAUGAAACGCAAAUCUCAGAUGACUUGCCCCGGGUUGAGCGAACACUGCCGCAGGUGCUCCAGGCCACCCAGGAACUGCACUCCCGGGUGUCACAAACCGGAGCUCAGGAUAUGCAAGCGCACAUCCUGCUCGGUCACAAAGGAAUCGAUCUUCCAAAAAUUUCGCAAAAACUGGAAACCCUAAGUUCACGGAAAACUUUUGAACCAUUGGAUCCAAUUUCGACAACCGAUAUUCAAAGCUUUCUCCGUAACGAAAAGGAAAAUGCCAUCUUAUCGGUUAUCGAAGAAGUGCACAAAAAUUCUUACCAGUCAGCCCAGAACCAAAAGUGGGAGCACAUUAUGAACGAUUGGAAGCUGGAGAAGAUAAAGUUGAUGAACGCUUUGAUUGGUCCGUCGCAGAACUGGAUCGACAUUCGAAAGGGACCGGAACCGACGAUUCUCAACGAAAGUACCUUCGGUGGACGCUCUGCGCUUAACAAUCAGGAAAUGGCUUAUGCUCGGGAAGUAUACGAGUACAAUAAACUGAUUAGUGAGGGUGCUAUGCGUCCCUCGUUGGUCCAGCGUUUUGCCCAGAUUGCAGAGAGUUUUAACGAUUCUAAGGUCAAUGAUAUUUGGGAAAUUAUGAAGUACAUGACUAAUGUAACACCUACGCCAAGAACGCAUGAUCCACUGAAAGCUCGCAGUACCCAAACGCAGUUUAUCGAACAAGCUAAACGGUAUCUGGAAAAUCGAUACAAGUUGUUUAUGCAAACAGUUAUUUCUGAACAUCUGCGUGAUGCGCAGAGGGGUGGCAUCCCCAGUAUCCUUAAUCUGGUGGGUUCGUUUGUUGGUUUGAAGUUCGCCAAUCAAAAUCAGAACUCCAGCUACAUUGGUUUGCAAGAUGGACAUGUCGAUGGGAAACCGCUUUGGCCAAUGGUUUACUAUUGCUUGCGCUGUGGAGACAUAAAUUCGGCGCUAAAAUGUAUGCAAAUGGCUGGCCCCGGUCAUGAUGAUUUCACUGCCGUUCUCGAGGAAAAGUGUCGCAAUCCGGGUCAAAAAAUUAAUCCAAAGCUGGAACUUCAAAUCCGUAUGCAGUACAAGCGACAAAUUCGGAACGCUAUCGAUCCGUACAAGCGAGCUGUUUAUUGCAUCAUCGGAUGCUGUGACAUCCAGGAACAACAUCCAGAAGUGGCCAAGAGCUCCGAUGAUUUCCUGUGGAUUCAACUGUCACUUAUUCGCUCUGAGACCGAUGACAACUCGGAGCAUCUAACAUAUUCAGGAUUGCAGUCGAUGAUACUGGAACAGUACGGAGAGAAGCACUUUAAUGCCUCGGAGCAACCUCACCUGUACUAUCAAAUGCUAGCACUAACGGGGCAGUUUGAGGCUGGAAUCGAGUUCCUUUCCCGGUUCGAUAAGUUCCGGCCCCAUGCAGUGCACAUUGCGUUGGCACUGAGCGAGCUGCAUAUGAUUGGAGGGCCCCGAAAUCUUCAGGAACCGUUGCUUUCGGUAGACAUCGAGGAUCCGCAACCUAUGCGGCGUCUUAACAUUGCUCGUCUCAUAAUGUUGUAUGUGAAAAAAUUCGAAAUAACUGAUCCUGCUGAAGCGCUGCAGUAUUUCUUUUUCCUGCGCAAUCUUCGGGACAGCGAGGGUCGUAAUUUAUUCCUGGUUUGUGUGUCGGAUUUGGCUAUUGAAUGUCGGGACUUCGAUUUGCUGUUUGGUAAGAUGCAACGGGACGGAAUUCGAUCACGCGGUUUGAUUGACCAAUUCGAGAACAGCCACAUUGACGCAAAAAUGGCUUGCGAAAUGAUUGCGGAAGAAUUUGUCAAAAAGGGAAUGUUCGAGGAUGCCAUCAAGCUGUUCGAUUUGGCCGGAAAUCACGAACAGGCCUUGCGAUACACCUCGAUUCUUCUGUCCCAGGUUGUGCAUCAACCGAAUAAACCCGGCUCUCUUAGAGAACGCUUGCAGGGUUGUGCAUUAGAAUUCACCGAGAGAUAUGUUGGGGCCGAGAAAAACUGUGAUCCCCAAACUUGGUCCACGUUUAAUCUUUUAAAGGAGUUGGUUAUUUAUUUUGACCACUACCAUACGAAAAACUAUCAACCGGCCCUCGAAGUUUUGGAACGCAUCAAGUUGGUCCCACUGAAAAUAACCGACUUGGAAGCUUGCGUUCACAAUUUCAAACGUCUCGGUGGUGAGGUUUGCAAAGUCAUUCCCGAUCUGUUGCUAGCUACAAUGGAUAUAGCCUUCAAUAAAUAUAAAGCUCUCAAAGGUAAGGAUGUUGCCAAGUUUGAUGAUUCCGGGCGAGAAAAACAACUCAACUAUCUCCGAGAGCAAGCCAAGGCCCUCACUAAUAUGGCUGCUACAGUGCCCUACCGGAUGCCAGGUGAUACCAACAAUCGUUUGGUUCAAACGGAAAUUCUUAUGCACUAAGAUUCAUGUCAAAAAUUUAUUCAAUUCUAUGUUCCAAUUCUGUGCUUUGAGCAGUGUUUUACUAAAUAAUGGAUCAAUAAAAAUAAGAAAAAUAAAUCAAA